AUGGACGCUCCCAGCUCCAACCCUCUUCUGUCCACGCAGAAGAGCUCCCAGCUCCAGGCCGUCCUGCACCCGCUGGUGCUGCUCACAAUCUCCGACUACAUCACACGGCACACGCUGCGCGAGCAAAAGGGCCCCAUUAUCGGAGCCCUGCUGGGCCAGCAAAAUGGCCGUGAAAUCACCAUUGAGCACGCCUUUGAGUGCCACGUCCAGGAAGCACCCCAGGUAGAGGGAGGCUACCUGAUCAACGCAGCCAAGUUCAGCGCAAGGCUGGAGCAGAUGUGUCUCGUGCACAAGGACCGCAAACUGGACUUUGUCGGCUGGUACACCCUGCUGUCGUCAUCAGGCCCAUCGCCCACCAUCCUGCCGAUCCACAACCAGAUCCUCGAGAACUGGAACGAGUCUGCCGUCCUGCUUGGCUUCCAUCCCCAGGAGGUCCUGCAGCACUCCGUAGGCGGCAAGCUACCGCUGACGAUAUACGAGAGCAACUACGAGGUCGACGAUGUCCGGGGUGAAAACGACGGCGAGGACAAGAAGAUGGACGAUGGCGAGUCCACGCUCAAGCUCAAGUUCCGCGAGGUGCCGUACUCGGUCGAGACGGACGAGACGGAGAUGAUUAGCAUGAACUACGUGGCCAGCGGCGGGGGAAACGCGACGGCCAGCGCUCCCGCGCCGACGACCAAGGAGGAACGGACGGCUCGUUCCAUAGAGUCGAACGGAAAGGGGAAGCGGAGGCUGGUGGAGAGCGAGGUCGAAGACAACAAGAAGGACGCGGCGGUGGAUGAGGCCUCUGCUCUUUCGCGGGAGGAGGAGGAGAUGCUGGCGUCGCUGACGGCCAAGGCAAACGCCAUCAAGAUGCUUCACUCGCGGAUCCAGCUCAUCACCACCUACCUGCAGCGUCUGCCGCCUUCGUUCGUCAACGGAGAUGCUCAGGACGGGGGGGAGAGCAUGGACACGGACUCCAACAACACCGUCCCGUCGCUCAAUAUCCUCCGGCAGAUCCAGGCCCUGGUGAGCCGCCUCGACCUCGUCAUCCCCUCAGACAGGGAGGCCUUUGAGAGGGAAGUACAGAGCGAGACGAACAAUGUCCAUCUCCUGGGCCUCUUGAACUCCAUCAUGCAGGGCGUCGUCCAGGCAAAGGACGUGGGCAGGAAGUUUCACGCGAUUGAAGCGAGCAAGACUGCGGCGAGGCGCGGCACCAUGGACUACUCGACUGGAUCGUUUAAUCUCUCUGGGACGGGCGAUUUGCACAUUUAG